AUGGCAGUAUUAAACUCGAACCCAGAGAUCCUCUUGCGUAAGAGAAAGAAUAAUGAUAGAAAGAGGUUAGAGAAGCAAGAACAAGCUAGACAAAGACAGCUUGAACAAAAGAAGAAAAAUGAUCAACGUUCUAAAAAAUUCGUUAGAGCUGAAACGUUGGUUUCUAACUACAAAUCAAAUGAAUUGGAAAACAAAAGGAUCAAGCAUAUAACCAAGUUCGAGAAACAGCUGCAAGCGGAUAAAAUAAGUCAAGCUAAGGAAGAUGACGAGUCUGCCAAAUUAUUAUUCAUUAUUAGAAUUCCAGAUCAUACAAAGGGAUUAAAGAUCCCAUCGAAAGCUCGUAAGGUCUUACACUUGUUACGUUUGAAUAGACCAAACACUGGGGUAUUUGUGAAAUUAACUCCUGCUACUGUUCCUUUAUUAAAAUUGAUUUCACCAUACAUUGUUGCUGGAAAACCAUCUUUGAAUUCUAUCCGUAAAUUAUUUCAAAAGAGAGCAUGUAUUUCUGUUAUAGAUGAAGAAACAAAACAACCACGUAUUACUAAGUUGGACAAUAAUGGUGUUGUUGAAGAUAAAUUUGGUGAUGACUUAGGAUGUAUUUGUAUUGAAGAUUUGAUACACGAACUUUCUACUUUAGGCGAACAUUUUAAAACCGUCAGUAACUGGAUUUUGCCUUUUAAAUUGAAUGCUCCUGUUAGUGGUUGGGGUCCUCAAGCUAAGUUAGCCAAAUUACAAUAUUCAAAUGACCAUCAAAGAAAAAUUAGUUUAGCUGGUGAUGCCAAACUAAAUGAGAUCGAUAUUGAUCAAUUUAUUGAUGAACAAAAUUAA